AUGUUUGCGAGUUUGAAGAGUAAAAUAAAGGAAGAAACUGGUAGUGAUAUUAGUAAACUGACGAGUAACUGGCGUAACGGUGCUUUUUUAGGCAGAAUAACGCUUAGAGAUGAUUCUUCAACGGCAAGUCCCUCUAGUUCUGGUGGUCAUGGAGAUACUACUUCUGAUUCGAUAUCACCUCAAUUGGAGUCGUAUUUGUCGGAUCGCACUGGUGGGAAGGUAGACCAAGCAGCGUUACAACAACAAUACGCGUCGCAGUUGGAGGCCAAGCUGCGAGAAAGAGACACCUAUUGGGAACAAAAGAUUGAAGAACUGAAGCUUUCACUUGCGUCCGUUCAAGGCGAGGAGGCGGCAGCCGCCCAAGCAGUAGCCCGAACUGCUCAGGCUGAGGCGGGUAAAGCGAUAACAGAACGAGACGCUGCCAAAAGACUCAUCAGUGAUCUAAAAACUCAGCUCGCAGCCGCCGAACGAGCCCAAGACAGACUAGACGCUAUUAAUGAAGAGCUGGAACAGAGUCGCCGAGAGUGGGCUCGCGAGCGAGCUGAGCUAAGCGGAGCGUUAAGCAUAGCUGAAGCACGUGCAGCUGACCUUGCUGACAACCUCGCCGUGCUCAGUGCCGCGCUACCACCUGAACAUCCUCAUCAUCAUAUGAACGAUGACGACAAACGCGAGGUAACACCAACGGAUUGUGCAGAUUAUGACCGCGUGUGUCGCGAGCGUGCCGUACUCACACGCCAGUUGCAGGAAGCCAAGAUGGCGCUCGCUGACGUCAAGACUUCCUGGAGCGGACAGAUUGCCUCCCUCGAAACACAGGUGGCCCGCUUGUCACGGCAAGCAGGAGAAGAAGGCUCGGAAAGGAGAAGAGUGGAAAUAGAGAAGAAAGAGAUGCAAGAUAAACUGAAUGAAAUGGCGGCUGACCUUGAAAAGACUAAACAGAAUUUAGCUAAUAGUGAGGCGAAGGUGGCGCGUUUGAACGGUGAAGUCCACGGGUUGGCCAUGGAGCUGAAGUCCCUGCGCGGCGCCGCCAGCCACGCGGCCGAUAAAAUGACGGAUUUUGAAAGCCGAAUUGAAGCGUUGACUGAAGCGAAUAAAGAACUAUCCGCGGCACUGGAGAAUGAACGAUCUAUGGUGAAGAUCCUCAGGGAGAAGGUGGAUAAAAGCACCCAGCUGUACGAUGAACAAAAGGUUGAGGUCAACCACCUUAACUCACUGGUGACGGAAAUGCAACACGACUUUUUGGAUAUACAGAGGAAAUUUGACAAAGAAAAGCGUGAGAAAGAUGAAGCGUUACUGCGCAACGCUCACAUGUCGCAGACGAUAGAGAUGAGCCAGUGCAACGUACGCUAUCACCAGACGGAGGUAGCUGAUCUCAAGCAGAAGAUAACUGAACUCGAGGCUGUCAUUGCGCAACACAAAGAGAAUCAAGCGGCGUGUAUGCUAAUAAAGGAAGGCGAAGUGUUGCGCAAGACUGAAACCGAACAAUUGAAAGCGAAAAUUGAGGAAAUGACUGAAAAUGAAACUGUGCUUAAAAAGACUAUACAAGACUUAGAAACUGAAAUCUGUGAUAAAAAUAAGAAAAUAAAGACUCUAGACAACAGAAUAUCGGAUAUGAAAAAGACAUUACAGCGAGAACUACAAAGCAGUAAGUCUGACCUCACUUCAGCUGAAGAACAAGACAUUAGUAGAAGAUACCUGAAGCACGUGGUGCUGCGGUUCCUGACGGCGCGCGAGCUGGAGGCGCGGCAGCUGACGCGCGCGCUGGCGGCGCUGCUGCGCCUGUCCGCGCACGAGGAGGCGCUGCUGCGGGCCGCCGCGCCGCCGCGCUCGGGGCUCGGCGCCUGGUUCCCCGCGCUCAACACCUGA